AUGAUAGAACAAGCUCCUGUUCCAUCUUUACUUGGUUGUUCUGUAGCUCCGACAGAAACGGUAGAUGAUCUUGUAGUUUGUACUAAUAAAUUUGAAGAAAGUUUGAAUUAUGUGAUUUGUGAAAUUUACAAGUUUUGGAUAUUAAAUUACUUCUUAAAUAUGGAUUUUGAUUUUGUGCUGUUUGCUGAAAAGGUAAAUUAUACUAGCAUGCUUUCUGGUGGUGUGACAUGGAUCUUACCUGCUUUAAGUGUUAGUGAUUUGGUAUUAAAAGAAUUGAGAAUUUUUGUUCGUGACUCUUUGGCUAAAUGGUUAAAUGAAUAG